CGUCGUGUCCGCCCUCCUCCCCCGUCCUUGACCAUGUAGACGUGUUUGCACACUGGAAACUGUCGUUAGAAACGCCGAGAGGAAGGGAGCGUCAGGAGGGGACGGGAAAGAGGGGAGUUUUUGUUUAAAGGUUGUGCAAUAUAAUCCAUAGCAGCAGAACAUUUGAUGCAAGCUCGGAGACGAAGAAAUACCAAACUUGGUUGGAGUGGAGCUCAGAAUUGAAAUAAGAGGCUUAAGGAGACUCGUGGUCAGUUCAACGUCGCCGCGUUUUUAUAGAUUUCUUUAACGCGCAAAGCUGCAACAGGAAAAUAAAACUUCUGCAGACAUUUCUACACUUAUCUUUUUUUAUUAACUUUCUGCGGUAUCUUGACCGGUAAAAUAUCUCGCCCACUGCUGGCUCUAACUCCGUUUCUUCUAAAUAUAGGCACCGUUUAUGCUCGAGUGUCCUCGACGCAGCGAAGCGGUCCUAGAUUGGACAUUUGCAGCGCUGCCGGAGUUUAUAAUUAAAUUCUCAGAUCACAUUGAGUCAUUCGGGGUUUUUAAACCAACACAUUUUGUCUAAUUUGCUAAUCAGACACUUGACUCAAUUUGUGUGUUGAUUUAAAAGUAGGCGCGGUUCUGAUCAUAUUUUUCUGUCUAUUGUGAACCGCAGCAUGUUUAUUUAAAGACGCUUUGUAGCCAAUGACUGCUCUCAACAGAAGCCAUUUUUAAUUAUUUUAUUUGCAAGCUUGUUUUCAAUCUUCAAACUGAACACGAGCUCAACCUCCUCUGGGCUGCAGCGUUCACCCGUGCACAUAACAUUUUAAGCACAUUUUCUAUUGUUCUCAAACCUCCAACGAUUUUUUUUUCGUGCGCUUGGCUUUGGGCGCGGUGGAUGUGCCAUGGAUCGGUUUUUCCUCACCACCUAUGCGUUGGUGCUCGGGUUAACGGCGGGCUGGGCUGGAGCUGAACAGGCAAAGCCGACCGGGGAGACCCCACCGGUGGGUACCCUACUUGGUCUGAUCACCGGGACCUGCCAUGAGAUUCAGCGGUACGCGGAGUCAGUGGUGGGAAGUGGAGUGAUACGGUCAGCUGCUGAGAGUGCAGUGUUGAGUCUUGAGUCAUUGCUUGGUCAGGAGAACGUCUAUACUGUGGCCAGGUUUUUGGAGAUGGUGAUCCGAUUCCUGGCUGAAGGAGCUGCCAGCGGCCUGAACGUCAUCGCUGUUUACGUCACAGAGAUCCUCAGGGUCACAGGAUUCGAUGUUGCACUGACGUUGCCCCGCUUCACUCCAGAGGGCGUGACCGCCAUCGCCCAGUGGGGUCUGGUGGCCCUCAUUGGCUACUGGAUGCUGACCAUCCUUCUCCGUCUGUUGAUUGGCAUCGUGAGGCGGGUGUUCUGGGCGGUGAAAACCGCCUUGGCUCUCUGGCUUUUUGGACUGAUCGUGAUUGACAAGAAUGCCACUGCAGAGACCACAGCAGUUCGAUUGGCUGGCCUGGUGGUAGGAUGGGUCCUGUUGACUCUGCUCACUUCUGGCUCUGAGAAUACUUCUGCAGUGGAGCACCGACUGAGCCAGCUGGAGGGCCGGCUGAAGGCAGUAGAGAAAAGGAAAGGGGAAUAGUGACCUGAGAGGGUGGAGGGGAAUGGAGUUAAGAUGGACAAAUGUGAUGGUAAUGUCGGUUAAGAAAACAGUAACACAGAUGGUUUAUAUGUGUCAAACUAUAAUGGGAAUAAAGUAAUCUCUGGGAUUUUUUUAAUCAGAAAUGCUCUUUUUCUUUGCCUUCAAGAAAUGCCAGAAUAAUAAAACCACAUGGUAUUUAUUUACUAUGACAAAUAACUGUAAUCACUGACACACAAUGGUAGUGAAAUCCUGCAAUAGCUAGUGUGCAGGAGAUUGGAUAAUUUCACAAGUCAGAUUACAGGGUUUAAAGUUCUUCCGUGCUGUGCCGGAAUUCCGGCGCGAGGUGUUUUUGUAUUUGACAAUAUAUAAAUAUGUCUGUGGAAAUAUUCUUGCAUAUUUUUUAACUGUUACGUACGUGUGUGUGUGUGUGUGUGUGUGUGUGUGUGUGUGUGAAGCGCCAGUCUUCCUCUGCACAAUUGGUGGCUCGAUGUCUGUGUAUAGACGAAAGAAAAGCGACUGGCUACAUGGACACUCAGUGGCUAUUGUAGGCCGUGGACAGGGCAUGGAAGUUUCUAUUGGGUCAAUUAAGGUGUCACUCAAAAGGUCAAUGUGUAGACACGUUUUUUGUUUACAUGCCAGCUGUAGUUAGGCUAAUAUAAAGCGAAGCAAUAGCAGUCCGUGUGUAUUUAUUGAUAUAAUAAUACGUUUUGGACUAAAUAUUUUACUGGAUUGGAUCGUCUGGACCCUUGCCGACGUAACAAGGCCAUUUUUGUUGGAAUGUAAUCCACCGGUGUAGUAUGGCUUCACAGAUUAGUGGUGUCAAUUUUGAUUAUAGGCAGUACUUGAAGUGGGCCACCCAUACCAGUAAGUUACUUCUACAUUUUACUCUUUGGCUUUAAUUCAUUUAAAUCAUGAACAAAUAAGCACUUUAAUUUGUUGAGGAAAAGGGACUGCAAAAAAUACUUAAUUGAAAUUUGUUUUAUCAUGAUAACAUUUUCAGCCGUAUUGCCCAGCACCUAUAUUUUCCACUUCAAACACUGAUUAUAGGUAGUGGCAGAAAAUGUUACCAGAAUGCAGGAAAUGAACUGUUUAAUGCUCAAAAUCUCCAGGGGGAGGACCCCCUGACCCGACAUCAUAUAUUUCGACAUUGAACAUUUUAUCAAACCAGUGUACAAUUAUCUUCUUGUCUUCUUCUUGUGAACCCAGAAUUGUGUUUCUUCAUGUUUCGUGAGCUAAGUGUAUGUCAGACCCCUAAUCUGAGUCCCUAUGUCCCCGUCAGACACAUGAUUUAGACAAACACACACACAUUGAGAAUUCACUGUUGCCUUUCUUCAUCACCUCUGCGCUCAUUUUAACUUCAGAUAAAUGUCCCAUAGAAACAGGUAACACAUGUUUUUAACAUUGUUCUGCACGUGUUUGCAUAAACACUCGUGUGCAAGUUAAUAACCUAAACUCUUAUCAAACACAAUGCUAGGUUGCCCCUUAUGUUGAUGUCUGACUGCUUCUAUAUGCACCUCAAGGGGCUCUUGCCCCCUACCCUCCAUCUUUGUCGUAAAUCCCGAACACAUUUCAGGCACAGAAAAAUGUCUUGCUUUAAGCCCUGAGAUUGUAAAUUGGCCUCUGUCUAUAUUGUCGUUUAUGCGAUUGCAUGAGAAUAAAAAUGAAGGCAAAAUUAUACAGAAAUCAUUAAUUGAAACCAGUCUACAGCUGUGUUAGCGGCAAGCUAACAUGCUGAUGUUUAGCAGGUAUAAUGUUUACCAUGUUCACCAUUUUACUUCAGCGUGCCAGCAUGCUAACAUUUGCUAAUUAGCACUAAACACAAAAAGCUUAGGCUGUUGGGAAUGUCAUUAGUUGUGCAGGUAUUUGGUCAUAAAAAAAAGUAUUGGACAAAUUUGAAACUUUGACCUUCUGGUGGCGCUAAAGGAAAAGUCAUCAAAGUCAUUAGGAUUCCUCCUCGGGACAGCAUUUGUCUGUUUCAAAUUUUAUGGCAACCCAUCCAGUAGUUAACAGAUAAAUUAGUCUGGUCGACCAACCUAUAGACAAGCGUUGCCAUCUGUAUAAACAUGUAUAAACAACACUAGCAUGACUGAAAUACUCCACUAUAAAGCAGCCAAUCUCAUUUUUGAUGUGUCAAUUUCAACUCACCACAACUUAGUACCUUCAGCCCAGGCUUCCUGCUGCUCAGCCAGCUUUUUUGAUCCUCACGGUUCCCACCAACAAUCUCUGCCCUCCGCCCACCCCCGCUGCCUCUCCAGCAGAGUGGAACAACUUGACCUCAGUGCCAGAUUUAUCAUUCCUGCUAGCUCACCCUGCAGCAGCAAAACUCACUUCCCAUGUAUAUUUGUGCCACGUGAAAUUAUCUGUGAGUUCUCACUGAAUCGCCACCAUCUGCAUCAUCAUUUUUGAAUAUAAUCUUAUUGUAAAAAUAAAAGGUUUGCAUUUUGA